CAUGCCCAGCAUCCUUGACUGGACGGAUGAUGGCUUCAGCAUGUGUUUUGGCGUCAACCACUUGGGGCACUUCCUUCUAACCAACCUGCUUCUUCCUCGCCUGAAGGAGUGUGCCCCCAGCCGGGUGGUGACCCUCACAUGCUCCACUUACAAAUACCAGAAAUUGGACUUCCAGGACCUCAAUUACAACUUGCUUCCCUUUUUCACCUACUGCCGCAGCAAGCUGGCGAAUAUCUACUUCAGUCAGGAACUGGCUCGCAUCGCUGACGGGAAAGGAGUGACUUCAUAUGCUGUGCACCCUGGUUUUGUGCAAAGCAGCUGGACAUGCCACUACUCUUUCCUGUUCCGGAUGCUGAUGCAGGUGAUCAUGUGGAUGUUUUUUGUGCCGUGUGAGAUUGGAGCUCAGACUGUCAUCUACUGUGCCGUGUCAGAUGAAGCUGCCAAACGCAGCGGGGGGUACUUCGUCGACUGCCGACCUGCAGUGCUCCGUCCUUUUGCAAAAGAUGCAGGUGUGGCCAAAAAGCUGUGGGAGGCCAGUGAGAGACUGGUGAAGCUGGCUUAACUGAGGAAUCUGAAGGCACUUUUGAAAUGACCUCACCUCUUCUUGUCCUUUUUCUAUAUUAUUUAUGCAUAUUUUGUUAUGUUUUUGUGAACAUUUUGCUUUGUAAAUUCUCUUUUAUGUACUUGUGUAUUUCAAGUAAAAUACUUUAUUUUACAAACACAAAUUUUUGUGGAAGACUUACCCUGCCUUAUUUCUCUUGCAUUUGUACAUGAAUAUUCAUUUAAUGAAUCAGUGACUUCAUGGUUUAAACACUUG